UUGGUGCCAUUGUUCCUCUCCUUUUCACCUCAGACCUGAGCCCAUUCUUUCGGAUUUUAAAAAAACUACACAAAAAAAUAAAUAAAAAGACUCCAUGAUUAAAGUUGCCACCAUGGCAACUUUAUGGCACCGAAAUAUUACAGUACAGAUUAGGAAAAGCGUGUUUCCUUGUACAUAUGGUUGAAAUAUAUAGUUAGGGUCCCACACCACCAAAAAAAAUAGGGAAAGGGGAAAUUUCAAUAAUGAGAUUAAAGGUUUUUCUGUUUUUUAGGGUUUUUUUUUAAUACAGCCUUGAAGUAUUGAUAAAUGCUAUGGAUGUUUCAAAAUGGCCAAAUAUUUGCGUACUGUUUUGUUUUAAUUAGCAAAAGCCUGCAUUAAAAAAACCCCACAAAGCUCAAAAUACUGUAAUUAAAAGCACAAAAAGUGAAGGGAGAAGUAUCUCCAGGCAGGCAGAGAUGGGUAGAGUUCGAAUUAGAGGAGUAUGUGUGUGUGUACACAUACGUAUAUGCACGCACACAAACACAACUUGACUAUCGAGGGUGACUUUGAUUUCUGAGUACAGUUGGAGGAGUAGGCAAAAUACUGAAUCGUGGCUGUUUCCCCAACCCCCCUUCACAUUUGGUUAAAUUUCUAAACAACGAUAGUAAAUAAUGAUGAUGAUGGAAGUAAAGUCGAAAUGUAGGUACUAUUCUAUGCUUUCAUUGUGAAUGUGUGGAAGAAGGAUCCCGCGCAAGCACGGUUAGCUUUAAAUAACAGUGACAGUGAAAAUGUGUCUUUAUAUAUGCGAUUAAGUGUGUUUGGCGUCCUCUGUGUAUAUGUGGAAAUGCAAAGGUCUUUUUCGAUACUAUGAAAAGUGUACUUUUUGGGCAAUGAUUCUGAAUACUAAUAAAAGUGAAAUAGUGAAAACCUUCCCCUCAAAAGAUCACCACCACUGUAUCUAUCUACCUAUUUAUCUAUCUAUGUUAUAUAUUUGUUGUUGAGAAAUUGGGUGGGGGAGGGAGAGAAUAUGCCAUGGUGUCAUAAAAUGAUACUGGGGUUUGCUUGCUUUUAGUUCCAGGCUGUUUAAAAGAGGCUUAGAGAACAGCUCAGCUGAAGGAAAAUUUGAAAUCGGCACUGAUCUUUAAAAAUACACAGUGAUCGAUCCCCCGCCACCCCUUUUAUCCUGGGUUUUUCAAGCGCCUGAGAAAAAAGGACACCAUAGUGAUUGUUGCUAGAAUGUUGGGGUUUAUUGCUUUCCUCUAAUUGGCUUCAAUAAUAAUUAGUCUUUUCCCUUCCUCCCGCAAAAGAAAUCCCUAUAUAUAUAUAUGGCUCUCUCUAUUUAUAUAGCUUUUCUUUGUAAAUAAUCUCUAGCAGAAUGGGGGAUGUUAGAAAAUAAUAAAGGAAUGUGCAAGAUUAAAAGGAAUUUUAUUGAAAAGGAAAGGCUGAAUAUAUUAUUUCUCCCCUAUGCUUCUGAAUUCUUGCUGGUUUUCUGAUCUGGAGCCGAUAGCCCUUAAAAAUUGGUCCAUACUAAUGGAACUCUGUGAGAGAUGCCAUAAUUUUGCUAUAAUGGGCUGUAACCUCGAUUCGACCCCAGACUUGCGAGUAAGCUCCUGGCUGGGGUGGGAGUGCGUGUGUGCGUGUGUGUUGCGGAGGUGAAGAUCCCGCUUUCCUCCAGAGGGUGGCGCACGAGGCCGACUGACAGUCGCGAGCUGGCGGCCGGGUGCGCGCGCCGGCGCGCGCGCCCCAGCCCUUCCAGCAUCCACCCAAACUCCCCCAUUUAGUGCACGAGUUUACCUCUAGAGGUCAUCAGGCAGGAUUUACGACUGGACAACAAAAGCACGUGAUAUGAAGCCGUACCCCAUAUUUGGGUGCCUACGUAGGAGGGAACCAAGUACAUGUCCCAGUCAUUUCCAUAAUUCAUCAUAAAUUGUGCUAGGGUGCUAUAGACGCACCAAAAAACGAAGCAAAGAGCCACAAAUCAAGCCCCCCGAUCAAAAAAAAAAAAGCAACAAAAAAUCCCAACCAACAACAACAACAACAAAAAUCAUCAUCAACUUAAAAACAAAUGAGCUCUUAUUUUGUAAACUCAUUUUGCGGUCGCUAUCCAAAUGGCCCGGACUACCCGUUACAUAAUUAUGGAGAUCCCAGUGCCGUGAGCGAGCAAUUCAGGGACUCCUCCAGCAUGCAUUCCGGCAGGUACGGCGGCGGCGGAGGCGGCGGAGGCUACGGCUACAAUGGCAUGGACCUCAGCGUCGGUCGCUCGGCUUCCAGCCACUUUGCGGCAGGGGGCCCCUCGGAGAGGGCUCGCAGCAGCUACCCCGCCAACGCUGCCCCCGAGGCCAGGUACGCCAGCCGGGCGGCGGCGGGGGCCACGGGGGCCACUCACUCGCCUCCGCCUGACCCUCUGCCCUGCGCCGCUGCCGCCGCCGCCGUGGCCACCUCGCCUGUCAGCGGCGACGCUCAUCACGGCGGCAGCGUGAAAAACUCCACGGCCAACUCGAGCAGCAGCACUUCGUCCACUUCCAGCAGCGGCGCCAGCAGCAGCAGCACCAGCGCCUGCAGCAGCACGGGCAACAACCCCCACCACCUAGGCAGAGAAGGGCUCAGCACGUCGCCAGGCACCGAGGAGGACGCCCCGGCCAGCAGCGAGCAGGCGAAUCCCCAGCAGAACGACCAAAGCACAGCUCCACAGCCGCCCCAGCCCCAGAUCUACCCCUGGAUGAGAAAACUGCACAUAAGCCAUGACAACAUAGGGGGUCCCGAAGGGAAAAGGGCUCGGACUGCUUACACCCGCUACCAGACCCUGGAGCUGGAGAAAGAGUUUCACUUCAAUAGAUACCUGACCCGCAGGAGGAGGAUUGAAAUAGCACACGCUCUUUGCCUCUCAGAGAGACAAAUCAAGAUCUGGUUCCAAAACAGGCGGAUGAAAUGGAAAAAGGAUAACAAGCUGAAGAGUAUGAGCAUGGCAGCGGCGGGAGGAGCCUUCCGCCCUUAAGAGGAAAACCCCCCCGGCCCUGAAGUUGCUGCUGCUGCUGCUCCUUCUCCUUCUUCCUUCCCCGGAAAAAAAACAAAAAACCCGAGUAACUGAGCAGUAUUAUAAUUGAGCUGACCCUGCGUGGAAUGUCAGUAGCCUCUUCUCGCUCUCGCUCUCCUUCUGUCCCUCGUCCUGUAUACCACAUUGACUUGCUCCAACUUCUCUGGGAGGCUGAAGAUCCCUCGCCCAUCGUUUCACCCUGAGCCUGUUUUAAUUGAGCCCCCCACCCCCGCCCGCGUCUCUCUCUCUCUUCCUCUCUCUCUCUAGCGCGUGUUAGGAGUAGAUCUGCUUCCCGUGCAUUUUAUGUCUUGAAUGGCUUUUGUCUUGAAGCGGGGAAACAAUGUAGAUGUUUUAACUUAUUUAUAUGAAGCGAGUGGUGUUACUUGAAGUAACUGUAAAGUGGGAGGGGGGAACCGAGGGGGGGGAAGACACCCUAGACAAACAAAAGUAAAGGAGGACGAUCUGGUCCCUCGUUCGCUUCCCCCUCAACUCCUUCCCUUCUGGCUCCCCCACCCCCCACAAGUCCUGUUUGAUUCCCAAUGUUCUCUCUCUGUGUGUGUUGCACUUGCUGUGCUUUGCUGUGCAUGUGUGUUCAAAACGUGUCAGUGUCUGUAUAGCUCCAAGCUGUGGCCGAGAUUUCCGAUCAGGAACGACCUAUCUUAUUCCCUGUGUCCAUUAAUGGCUGUUGUAGAGGUGAAUAUGACGAAAUACAAAACGGAACGUGUCCUAACGUGUAGUGAAUAGUGAAUCUGUGACGAAAACUGUGAUUCCAGACAGUAUGUCCUUUGCUUGUGCCUUUGUAUAUGACUAUCUUUGCACGAAGUCUUAGAAGUGGCUUUUUAUUAAGCGCAGCUUCAGUAACGUAUUCCCCCCCCCUUCUCUCUUAUAGCUUCCUUCCUUUCUUUUGGUGAACAAAAAGUUACACAUAGAGUCAAAGUCUGGCUGUUUGAGCAAACAACAACAAUAAUAAUAGCAGCAGCAACAACAACAACAAUAAUAAUGUGAUCGGCUUUUGAAAAGAAACUGGUUUUUUUUUUAAAUAACUGACUGGAAAAAAUAAACUUUUUAUUGUAAGGGUUUCCCCACUUUCUUUCUUCCCCAUCGAAUCCCCCGGUUUUUGUUUGACUUCUGCGGGUAGUAUGGUUUCUCCCCUAACGGAGGUGCCCUCCCUCCUUAGCUUCAUCACUCUAACGAGAGCAAAGUUGGAGAAGAACCUAAUCCAAAUUCAAAAUAGAUGCAGACACGAUUGCCCCAGAUCAUCCCUUGGAAUUGUAAAGUUAUUCUUUGGAUGGAGGGCUUGCAAUAACCGACCCUCAGCCAACUCCUUGUCUUGGAAGUGGGGUGGGAGGGGAUAAGGAAUGCCCCAAACUUCUGCUCUUUCUUGGCUGGGGAGAAAAAAAUGAGAAGAACCUUGUCCUUUUCUUCAACAACGUUAUCAUCUCCAGAACCUGCUUUAUACUAUCUCCAUCGGUUCAUCCUCAUAAGUUAAAGAAAGUUAAGUUAAACCUGCCAGAAAGGCAAAACUCUUGCCUCUGUUGAGCACCAGUCCAACAUGGGGGAAAAAAGUAUUUAAAUAAAGCAGAUACACCCACCUUCUCAUUCUGCACUCUUAAGAGAGGUAUUGGGGAAGGGUUUUGUGGCUGUUGUUGCGCGGUUGGGGAUAAAUUCCACCCUUCGACAUAACAUUUAUUUCUUUAUUUUCGCUACAGCUACUUUUUUAAUUUUUCUUUUGCUAGGAAAUGUAACGUUACUUACCCUCACCAGGGCUUGAAUGGUUAACUCUCCCGAGCUUCUAAGCGCAACUAAAGCUUUGCACAUUUACAGACGGCUUUACAUUGAUGCCUUCCCUUAAAAGUUAUAAAACAGUAAACUUUAUAAGCCCCAGUUCCGGCUAUAUGACAUUUGGGUGCCAAAUGAAUAGGGUUUUGUCUAUGAAUUAGAUCGUAAAAUCAUCCAUAGCACAGACAGAUAGGCUCACUGGCUAUAAAAAGUCACGUGGUGCCAUUAAAGUAAGUUUUAUGGUUUUGGGGAGUUGUCAUCCAACAUUAUAUACCACAUAACAUAUAAUCACACUGACGGUGGACUUCAUUUGACUCUUUUGCAGGCUACGUGCGCCUCCUGGCCAUUCAAAUUGUCAGGUUUAGGUACAGAAGUAUCCAUUCCCCCAAGUUCUCAAAUACUGUCUGAAAAAAAUGGCUCAUUGCAAGUUAAGGUAAGUUUCGUGCUCAAGUUGCUUAAGUUUAUUUGUACAGUGGAGAGCUCGACUGUCGUUGCCUGGCUCCUUCUUAACGCUGCCCCGUUGAUUCGGAAGGGAAGAAAUAAUACAGUAUAUAAGAGACGCAGGUUACAGUGGGUGGGGGACCGUUGUCCCUCCUCCCCAUUUUUAUCUAACCUCUCCUUUUAAAAAAAUUAUCCGUCAAAUCCAGGCAAACCACCAUAAGCGACUUUGGCAGAGAUGGAUUUUGAGGCCUAACUUUAAUUACUUUGACUACGGCGAAUGAUAAUGACUUCCUUUGCUUCAUGAACUUUUCCGUGCCCAGUGAUUUUGUUUAUUGAGGGGGCAGAAAGCCCCUAGGCGAUUUUUGUAAUAAUAAUAAUAAUAAUAAUAAUAAUAAUAUUGUAAUGAAAGGAACAUAUAUUUGGCUAUAUCUGUAGACUGAGCAUCCCUGUCUUUGCGGGGUGGUGUGUGUGUGGAAUUGAUGCAGUCGUGGGUUUUCCAAGUGGGCGAACUUAUCGUCUCUAAAAGACAAAGAAGCUCUAAGUCUGGGUUGACAUGGUUAAGGUUCUUUGAGACUUAUCUCUUCUCCAUAAUUACCCCUACCUACCUACAUCUCUCUCAUGUGUCCCUCUCUGUGUGUACAUAGAGUGUAUAUAUACGCAAUUUACACCCUUACCGUAGAUUCCCCCAAACCCCAGUGCCUUCAUUUCCCCGCUGGUUCCUUUAUUCCUUCCCAUGAAGGAACAAGUUGACUGUAACUUUUACAGGAGAUUCUAAGUGCCAUUAGAGUGCUUGGCAUUAUGAAGAACAAUACGUAUAGGUUUAUAGUAAAUAACCCCAUUUAUAUAGAUAUCCAUAUAUAUUUAUAUCUACAUACACACAUACAUACACACACACAUAACUGGCUGGGAAUUGCAGGGUAGGCCCCAGCUGCCUGUUUAUUUCAACAGUCUUUUUUCUAUUUAAGUAGACUCUUCUCACUAGAGUGUGAUUACUCAGCAAUAAACUUUAUGACCGGAUUCAACUUUAAGUCUUUGAAUUUCCAGGGUUGAAAGAGAGCGUGAAAGAGCAUCCCUUUUUCCACUGCCCUUCUUCUUUUUGUUUUGUUUUGUUAUUUCCUUUUCUUUCUUCUCCCCUUCUUUGUACUGCCAGAGCCAAAUCCUGGAAAUCCUUGCUCACCCGAGCAGCUUUUAAGUCUUAUCAGUUGUAUCUUUGGAGCGCCUUGUAGCUAAAAGCCAUGCAGGUGACUAAGAAUUGGCAAGAUAGGACCCUACUCUUUUUGAAAAAGAAAGUAUAAAUGGGUACAUUGAGGUGACCCCACUUGAGGUUUGAAACGAUCUCACCCCAAUUCCUGCCUUUUAAAAAACAACAACAGAUUGUUAUCAGCAUGUGGGGCUCUAGAAUGUGCUUUUCUACUCUUAUAUCGCUUUGGACAUCAGAGGAAAAGACAGUGUUGUCAGAAAAUGUAAUAGCGUAAUAUAACAUAAGCUUGCCCUGUCCUAGUUACUAUUUGGAAAGAGAUAUUCUGAUGAAGGAUAUGUUUUUCUUGUGUAUAGGUGGGUAAUCUUAGAAGACUGAGAAACUUGCAUCAAUAAGUGAAUAUAUAUUUUAACACUUCAAAUAUUUUUUACACAUUUCCCUGAAUAAUACGCUAGCAAUGCAAUAAACUGGGUGGAGAGGAGCAGUUUUUAAUUAUACAUUUAGUCCAAGCCUAUGUGGCAGAAUUAAUCACACGGAACCGAAUGCUAAUAGUAGCUGGCAUUUUCAUGGUAUUUACUUUCCUACAUCUUAAACAGUUAGCAGUGCGUAUACACGUGUUUGAAAAUAUGACUAGAUUUUUUUUUCAGUAGAAAAAAUUAAGGAUUUAAAUAUAAUGCAUAUCUGCUAAAGUGAAACAGAUGACAGAAUUACAAAUCCAUAAUCCAGUUAAGGGAAAGACCUGAUUUUACAUUCUUUUUUUAUUAUUCCAACGGGACUAUUGUUGGACUUCUAAAGCAUUUACGUACUGUACUGGGAAAUUCGAGUCCAGGCAUUCAAGGGGAUAUUUCUCCAAGUAAAAUAUCACUAAAAUCCAGGUGCUAAUCUACUUCAGUUUACAUAAGAUGAACUUUAGCUUCUGUUUCCUCGUGAAAAACAAGGUACAGUUUUAGCUCAUUCGGGACUGGAUGUGGUCUCAUCGUCUUGGAUGGGACCAUCUGAAGAUUGUGGUCUUUCUGCUCCAUACCUAGGCAGAAUAAAAUUGUAAUGAAGUAUGUUGGAUUUAAGUCAGAAGAAUUCAGGAAUGGAGUAGGGAAACCCUGAUGCCGUCUGAUUUUGUAACUGGGGAAAAACAAGUCAUUGAGCUGAAUGCUUAGUUAACUCUUACCGUGGCUACCUAGCGAUCGUGGCUACCUAGCGAUUGCUAGUUGACUGAAGGGAUACACAAUGAAACACAGACAGCUUUGUGAACAAUGUCAUUUAGGAUGCAAUCCUAUACAGUACUCACUUCCCUGGGAGUGAAUCCCAUUGAACUCAACGAGACUUACUUCUGAGUAGGCAAAAUUCCUCACGCACAAAAAACAAAAGGGAAAGAAGGCAACCCCUAAACACAAAAUAAAUUCAUUGAACAUACGAAUAACUAUGGCAAUUGUCACUUUUUAAAAAAUAUUUCUAGUUUUCUGUCGUGCCACCUUGAAACACUCUCCCGAAUAACCUAGGCAAAACACAUUCACACGAAACUCCACAAUGUAAAGCCCAUUUUAAAAUAAUAUUGAAUGUAUAUUUAGUGCAAGUAUAUCUGAUGGUGAUGACUGUCCGUAUCACUGUUACUUACUUUCUCUGACAACUGUAUGUUUUCUUUUACUUAAAUUACCGCGAGCAAUUCUGAACAUUAGAAGUACUUCGUUGGCCCAGAUGUAAGCACCAGCGCCAUUAAAGGUUAGACAAGGGUGUGUGUAUAUAGCAAGGGCGUAGGAAGACUUCACUUUCUUUAAAGCGUAAGAUGGCUUUUCUAAGUCACAUGAUUCGAUGGUUUGCGCGUGCCCCUCACUACAAAGCAUCAUGGGAAAAUUAUUAGUGGCCUUAUCUUAACGAAUUAAUUUCCUUGUCUUCAAAAGAGUGAAAUUGCAAGUGUUUUCUACCUUAUCUGUCCAGCUUUCAGCAUUACAUUCUAAUAUCGAGGACAUAAGCAUUUUGUGCUCUUGUAUUGCAUCUUUCUUGUAAUCCCUCUCUUUCUUCCCCUCUUUCAUCUGAUUUUCUGAUUUGUAUAAUUCGGCCUUUGAGAGUUUUUUUUGUUCUUUCUAUCCACUCUGAUCAUAUGACGUCUAUUUUUCGCAGGCUUUAUUUUCAGGAGUCUCCAAAAUCCUAGUAGUUUCCCAGGCAGCUAGCGUUUCUCCAAAACAGCUCCUCCACAAUCACAGCGCUGUAUGGUUUGCAUAUUGGACGCAAACAAUGCACCGAGAUCUGAAAGAGAAAGACACCAUGUUUUCUAAAGGGCGUCUCUUUCCUGGGAGCCUAAGGGAUCUGUCUCCUUCUUUUCCUUCUCCACAUAACCCUCUGAAAUGGGCUUUUCAAUAAUAAUAUUUGUUAUGAAGGUUAUUGGGUAAUUAUUGCAGUUUUUGUGAAACAGUACUUGCUCGAGGUGAAAUCUGUCUCUGGAUAAUAAAUGGCAGCCCUCGCAGUUCAUUGCCAGGUUAAGUAAAUGCAGAAACUAAGAUAAAUCUGCACACUCCAGAACUCGCCAGCAGAGCUCGCUUUAGACCAAGUUCACAGUCAACUUGCUUUCUCCGUGGGCAAGGCUUCUCAACUCCGUUGGAUCAGGGUCUUUAUUAAAUAAAUAAGAUGGCAUAAUGGCCAGCCUGGAUAAACUGUCCAGUCACUGCGCAUCCAGAAUUUACACAUCUACCAAUGGAAAGCACACCGUUCCUUUCAGUUAAUCUCCCAUGCUGGUUUCUGGGCAUUGCGUUUGAUUUUAGAAUUCGGUUUCAGUGAUGGAAGCCGUUGAGGCUGCUCUUUUUUAAAUAUAUAUAUAAAACAGCAAUGCAGAAAACUGCAUUCCCUUAAAAUCUUAGCGAAAAGGGAAACAGUCAAAGCUUGAUGGCAACAAACAAGAGAGCUGGAGAUUCUUUUAAGGAGAUAGGAGCUGCUCCGCUUUUGUAUAUCUCUGUGGUUAGGGCGGAACAACUCUAGGUCAAAAAGUUGAGGGUCAAAAGUUUACGUUGUGCGCCACUCUUAGUCAUGCGCCCAGACAGAGUUUGAUGUCAAUGUUAUAGCCAAGAUCUUGACUAUCAACACAAAAGAUAAAAUAGCUUUGAGUUAGGCGUGUAUCAUAGUAUGGACUCCAGGUGAACUCUAGCGGUUGAAUGACCUCAAUUACCGAGGAAAGGAUAGAAAAUCCCUCUUUUCAAAGAGUAAUGCACGUUGUAUUUCAUCUUGAAUUAUCAACCACAUUUUCCCCAUUGAAUAUCGUUGGCUGGCAGAUGCAUCAGGUGAAUGCGGGCGCACUUUCCCCUCCCCCCCCCCCGCCGCCCGGGCAACUGCGCAUACACGCACCACCACCAACGCAUUUUAAAGGUUCGUGCGAGUCCUAUCAGAGUCCAUCGGAAAUUUCCAUUGGAUUUUAAUUGUUCUGAAUCUCAACGUAGUGGACUCUUGUUCACGGAAGCGCAUGCCAUACAAUGGCCUGGCUUUUAAGUGCCACAAUACUCUGUUUUUUCCCUGUGUUGUUCGGUUUUGCUACAACAGACUAACACAGUUAACCCUCUCAAAAAGGCUCAAUGAGGUGCCAGUUGAGUCCUUAACUGCCCAGUGGGUACCAGAAGACUGCCCGCUGGCUGAUAGCAAUAUCUGAGGAAACGAGGAGACUGAGAUGACCAUCUCACUGCCGGAUACCACAGGAGCAUAAAAUACAAGCAUGACAAUUCUGGAGAAGUCCAGUUAUGUUGUCUUUAUGAGUGAAAGUUAAGGAAUGACCCAAUGCAAAUUGCAUGCCCCCCUAUCCUUUAGGCUUAUACGUUUAAUAAGAAAUAUAUAGUUUCACCCUUUUGGCCGCCUUAUUUAGCCACAAUGAAGCUUCCCCCCCUCUUUUUUCAAAGCGUGUUUGUAUCUGAAUAAUUAUUUAUUUCAAAUUUGGAAGUAGGGAUUAUUUGUUUAGCUAUCAGUAGGAUUGCUUCCUGAGAUGGAUUUUCCGUUUUGUUUCCUUUGUGUAUUUUUUUUUAAUCCGAGAAGGUGCGUUUUUCAUCCCUAAGAAAUACAUAAUAUCUCACAGAGAUCCAGUGAGUGGUUUAUUACGAAGCAAAUACAUAGGAGAGAUUGCUCCUUUCAGAGGUGUCCAAACAGAGAUAACGUGCAGGAGAAAGUAAGCAACUUAUUAUUAGAAGGCUUUAUCAAUGCUUUGAAAAUACACAAAGAACUAGGAAACACUUCCCCGUUCGACAAGAAAUAGUUUUAAUUAUAAGGCGAGGACGUUGGGCUUCUGGGAAAUAUAUUUGCAAUAUAUUUUGAUUUUUCAUCAGCGACCUUCUCUUGAAAAUUCUCUUGCAACGUCCCCCCCCGUCCCCCCCGUCUCCUAUAUGUGAUUGUGCAAUGAAAUUAUCACUGUAAGGUAGAGGGGGAUGCUAUCCACAACACACUGUUAAAAACACGCCUCUCCUAUUUCGAUUUUGCCCUUGAAAUACUGCAUUGCCUAUUUGGAAAUUUAAUUAUAGGAAGCAUGAACAUUGCAAGGCGGGGUGUUUGCCUAAACGUCCCUUUUAUAUACAGAGGACCAGGGAGACUGUUUCGAAGACAACACUUCUUUGACUCCGCCUGUCCUGAAAAACUUGGCUUAAAAAAAAAGAGGGGGGAAAAGAAGAGAGAAUAAGAUCUCUGUGAAAAGCAGCAAAGCGAAACCUGGCUUUCUUUCCCAAGGAUUCCUGGUGCCAAUUUAUUUUGCUUCCAUUUAAGGUGGAAUUUUGGGCGGGGGAUGGGAGUAGGGACAAGUUUUUUUUCAAAUACAGAAUAUUUCCAAAAGGGCUUUAAAGUGCAUCUGGAAGAAGUAUUGCCUUCUCAAGUCGUUUUCUAUUCAUUCAUUUUUUAAAAAAGGUAAAGAUAAAAACGACACAGUGGGCUUUUGUUGCUUUGAUCGGAGUCAUACCCAUAGACAGUCGGAGGGUCCUACCUCUAGCGCAGCACAGACACUGGUUCUUGGUGCGUAACGUGACCUUUGAAAAGAUUAGCCUUCUCAGCCUCAAAUGUAGAUGCCAAUCGCCCCAACUUCCCCUUCUUUAUAAAUUGUGCCUAUUUACGGUUCUGGACGACCAGGACCUCAAAGUCCAGUUGCCAAAUACACACACACACACACACGUACCCACGAGUUAGAUCCUUAUAAAUAAAAAUCACCAAUAUUUCGGAAUGGGGGAAGGUGAGAAUCCCAACCUCUUGUCCCAAGAAUGAACUCCAUAGGAACUCCAUCACACCAUCCAGUUCCCUGGUAGGACCUUUUGCUGAUUUAAAGGAAGUUUAGGAGUUACGCAGCCGCUGCAUUAUCACAACGUUUACAUGUUUUCUCGCACGGUCGCCUUAAGAUUCAUUCCCCAUUUGCGAAUAAGUGACCUGCCCAGAGCCUCUCUUUGCCCCUUGCUAUUUUUUUUAAAAGACGCUCUUAAAGACCUCGUGGAGGAGAAGGGGAAGGGAAAAAAAAAACCUAAGUCCAAGGCCGAGGUGAACUUCAGGUCAGCGCGUCUAACAAAUAUGAAAAUGUCGCUUGGUGAAGGGCACGCCUUGUUAUUUAACAAAGACUGUCAAUGUGUAAGAUUAAUAAGAAACAAAAUGCGCCCGGUGUCACUUUUCGGUCACUUUGAAACUUGGGGCAGGCUUGCAUUCAAGAGUGAAAGCUGGGUUAAAUAUAUUCAAAAUGCCUCGAAUCAAAUUCAAGCCAGGCUGCCGGGUGUCGCUCUCCACCACCGCCACCCCCACCCCCCCCCCGCCCGCGUCUCUCUUGCUCGCUCGCUCCCUCCCUCCCUCUCAGGCGCGUGGGCAAGUUGGUAAGUUUAAUUGCAUAGAUUAUCUAUAAAAGCGCAACCUAAGAUUGCGAUGCGCGCGCACACACAUAUAUUUACACUCUGAACUUCCACGGGGUUGGCACUCUCCUCUUAUCCAUUUACUUGGUUUGCUCCAGUUCUGAGAUCGGCUCCUGUUUCUUGGGAACUCGGAUUUAUCUUGCCAUCAAGUUUCAUUUCGGUCAAUAUUCCACGUUCUUCACUGGUUAGCUGCUAAACUUCAGCCUCCCCUCAUCGCUGAUGAUGAUGAGGCCUUGGUGCUGAAAUCCCCCUCACUGAAAUGUGUGUGGUUAAAAAAAAAAGAAGAUAGGCGAUGCUCUGAAGCAGUUUCAGGAGGCCAGGGUUCAGGGUUCGGUGUAGGUUCGUUCAGGGAUUUGCUCCGCGGAGCCAUAAAUCUCUGGAGGGAGCGGGAGGGGGAGGCUUAACGUGGAAACCGCUGCAUAUGAGAUAACAAUUUGGUGGUCUUGGCUGGGCUCUUGUUUAUGAUACGUAAACCGCAAAGACGAGGAACAGGCCCAUCUCUGCAGCCUGAUAGAAUCCCAUGGAGGUGGGGGGGGGGGGGACCCUGGCUGCUCCCGCAGCUGAGCAGUUUAGGUCACCUUGGAGAUUUACAGCCCCAGCUCCAGAAUCGUAUUCAUUGCUUGUUGCAACUGAGCAAAGGAGACACCCAGUGGAAAGCAGACCAGGGGGAAACAGACCAGGCUCUCUGAGAUACAAUCAGGAGAGCUAAUAUUAAACAGCCCCUGGGACGUUCUCCGAAGGUAAUAAUCAGCAGACCAAAAAAGAGAGAAGGUACCUGCUUUCCUUGUAUUGUUGUGGUUUCUUUUCUUUUCUUUCUUUGUUUUGUUUUGUUUUGAGGAAAAAAAACCCUGCGGUUUUGACGCAUGGUGGUUUUCUGGUAUUUACUAUCGCCCUCACAUGCAAGGGCACCGCUUUAUCUCAAGGGAAAUUGAUAGUGUUUAUGUCAGAGGUGCAUCUUGCAGUGUUUCUGUGCCAGAAUCGCACUGUCCGUUUCAGGUUGUGGGAGAAAAGGGGAGGAGAAAGCGAAACAAAACCCUGCGCCUUUGCUUUAGCCGUUUAACACCACCAUGUGCUUAAUUGUUGCUUUUUGUAAGUGGCAAAAGACCUCCCCAAAGGGGCAGCUUUGCAUCCCGGUCUACUAUUCCGUGAAACCAUAAAACGGGACUGGAGCGGGUUGUCAUUCCUACAAAUGUCACAGGCGCGCAAUCAGCGUUAAAAAGCCAAGUGCUGGAUCCUGCUAUUUGACUUCCGCAUUGUCUGCGAGUGUUUUACGGCCUGCCACUCGCCAGUGGCAUCAUAUUUGCUUCCACAUUGUAUGGUGCAUUCGAGAAAGCUUUGCAUACAUAGAAUAUCCACUGGAGAUGUGCAAGGGGGGAGGGCUAUUGGCAUUUCCUGGACGGACGUAUUUCCGAUAGUAUCUGGAAACCAGCACUUAUUGUUAUUGUUAUUGUUAUUAUGAAUAGUAUUAUUACUAUUGUUAUCGUGGAACUAGGUCUCAGCUGUUUAAGGGAGACGCACAGAGAAGCGGAAGGGAAAUUCAACGAGAGCAUAAAAACGGGACCUAUUGAGCGCACUGACACACAUUUAUACAAAAAGAAUUGUAGCUGGCUAAUCUAGAUCCACAUGAGCGCUAUGAACGGUUGAUACAACCGAAAAAGUCAUCAGUCCACACUUCGAGUGAAAUAAUCACCAUGAGAAUGAACACUCCUAUUAUAUGGAUCUUUUUAUUAAAACUAAACUGGUUCUUUGGGAAGAGGGCAGAGCAGCAUUUUAUCAAGUCCCAAAUACUUCUUAUUUUUAAGUAAUAUUAAUAAUGUAUUAAAUGGGUGUGUCUCUAAAGGCUCAAAUAUUAGAAGCGAAGGUGGGUCACUAGACCUACCAAGCAGUUGAAUUAAUUUAAAGGCUAAUUUAACGUCCAGAUUUCAAUUACCCCCUACGUCAGGCCAUCGCCUCCUUUUCCUUCCUGUAUUGCAAACGGGUCCAUUUCCAAGCAAUCUAACACAAGUCGAAGAGACUAUCCACGACGCUCAACUGCAAUGUUUACGGUACUUGCGAAAAAUAACAGUGUGUUCUGUUUUAAAUAUUGUAACCAAUUCCUCUCCCUUUCUCGCUCUCUCAAAGGGAAAUACUGUUUCCUGGGCACUAGACAGUUUGCUUUAUUUAUUUAGGAAUGUGAAUGGGCUUAAUUAUUGAUCUUAACUGCCUCUCUAGUCUGCUGGAGUUUUGAUUAAAAUCUAUUCACCUUACAAAAAAAGAAAAGCCUUUUUUAUAUUGGCCUCUCUAUCUAAUGACAUGCCCCCGCAGCUCCAAAUUUCAUAGCUGCCAAGUUAUCCCUUUUUUACAGGGAUUUUCCCUUAUGCUGAAUAGGCUUCCUCGCGAGAAAAGGGAAAACUUGGCAGCUAUGCCAAAUUUGCCACGGGGUGGAAGAUUUUUUUUAUAAAAAAAUUAAGUUAUCGUAAAAUAGCAACAUUUAAAAGCCCCCGGGAGGUACCAGAGAGAAACAAAUAGCUAGUUGCAAUUAGGUUGUCUCUGUUUUCAUAGGAUCGACUGGUCUCAUUGAUUGCACUGCUACCGUCCAAUCACUCAUUGAUACCCCCGAAAUCCGGCGAAUCUAUCACGCGAUCUUGGGUGCCCUUUUAUGUCUCGGGAGGACACUGCGUUUCCUUUGCUUUCAAUGACUUGGUAAGGGCUGGAGAUACAGAGAGCGAAACAGAGAGCGCUGCGUUUGAUGUUGGGUUUCAGAUACAUAAUACAAUGCUGGCGCUCAGUCACUUUGCUCACACUGUUGCUACCAACGGCCUGAUGCUUGUGGUCAGAAAUAGCACACAUGCGCAAGCUCCCAGUUUGUGUUCAGGAGAAUGUAUUAUUCCGGAAUAAGGACUACCCUUGGUUCCCUCCUCAUGAUAGCACACAAGGACGUCUUCUGCAACACACACUUUUGGGCUGCCCCAGAUCACUCCGUAUACCAUCCUGACCCUAAGUAGCACAUAGCUGUUUUAAGGGGUAACGACCGUGCGUGGUUAGUCUUAGGUGACCUAGCAUUUCAAGCAAGGAUCUCUCGCUGCUUUCCCUGGGGAAGCUCGCUCAAAGCAGCGGCCCCCUCGCCACAGGAGAAACCUGCAGACAUGGCCCGUAGGCUUUCCUCUCGGCCUAAUUCUCUAGUUAGGCCGCUUGCACCGACUUCGGUUCUGACUGCCGCUAUCUGGAGCGCGCAGAAAGGAAUCUCCAGCUUCUCAUUGCCUCUGCCGCAAGAAAGGCAAGGCAGGCAGGCAGGGGCCGUCCUGGGCUUGUCCACCAGCGUUUCAUUUCCUGAUCCGGGCUCUGCCAACCGCGUAGCAAUUGGCCCUGCCGGUCAGGUGGUGGGGGUGGCACUGGUUUGUGUGUUUGUGUGUGUGUGUUUGCGCGCGCGUGUGUUCCAGGCUCUUGGGGUGGGAAUUGGAAAGGAAGGGGGGAGCGGAGGCCCAAACUUUGGCAGCAGGCGCUUGACAACAGCAGCA